AUGGCCGCCGACUCGAGUGUUGAGGCUUCUGCGCUCCAGCUGAACCUCAGCCACGACGAGAAGCAAUAUUUUGGUCAGCUAUUCCGUCAGGCUGAUACUGGUGGUGCUGGUGUCGUUACCGGAGAUGUCGCCGUGACCUUCUUCGAGAAGACAAGACUGGACUCUCGUGUCCUCGGCGAGAUCUGGCAGAUCGCCGACAAGGAGAACCGUGGUUUUCUUACACCCGCAGGCUUCAGCAUUGUCCUGCGACUCAUAGGCCAUGCCCAAGCCGGUAGAGAACCAACCCCGACGCUUGCUCUCGAGCCCGGCCAGCUUCCUCGAUUCGAUGGCAUUGGCCUUCCGACCGUUGGAUCGCCAUCCCCACCGGCCGCUAUUCAGCCCCAAGGAUCCGGUGGUGUUCGAAUUCCUCCGUUGACUCCUGAGAAGGUUGCGCAAUACACCGGCCUCUUCGAGCGCCAGCCUCUGCAGGGCGGCACGCUCCCAGGCGACCAAGCCAAACAGAUCUUCGAAAAGAGUGGCCUCCCCAACGAGAUUCUUGGCAGGAUAUGGAUGCUGGCCGAUACCGAGCAGCGAGGCGCUCUUGUUCAGGCCGAAUUCAUCAUUGCCAUGCACCUGCUCACAUCCAUGAAGACCGGCUCUCUUCGUGCUCUUCCCACCGUUCUCCCAGCCGCCCUCUACGAAGCUGCUACUCGCCGCGGUUCUCCAGUUGCCCCCCGCCAGUCACCUCAGAGCACUGGAGUUCCUGCUUCUGUGAUCCCACGCCAAUUAAGUGGGACGCAAGCUCGUGUUGGAAGUCCGCUUGGCCGACCCCCGAUCGGCCCUCAGGGCACAGGAAGCAACUGGGCGGUUACGCCUGGAGACAAGGCCAAGUUCGACCACAUCUUCAUUGAUCUGGACAAGACCAAGAAAGGCUUCAUCACUGGAGAAGAGGCCGUUCCUUUCCUGAAGCAGUCGGGCUUGCCAGAGGAUGCCCUGGCUCAGAUCUGGGAUCUGUCAGACAUCAACUCUCAUGGCCAAUUGACUCGUGAUGAAUUUGCUGUCGCAAUGUUUUUGAUCAGGCAGCAAAGAGGCAACCGCUCGGCCCCUCUCCCUGCUACUCUGCCUCCCAACCUCAUCCCCCCCAGCUUGCGCAACCGACAGCCGGUGCAGGCUCAAUCGGCAUUUCAAGCUCCCACCCCCCCGCUACCACCACCGGCGCCCAAAUCCGCUCUUGAUGAUUUGUUCGGGUUGGAGUCGUCACCAAGCCCCGUGCCAGACCAGUCUGCUGCGGGAUCAACUGCAUCUGAUCCGUUUGCUGGUGGAGUCCCCUCGUCACCUACGUCGAAAGCGGUAUCAUCAGGGGUGUCGUUCAAGCCUUUUGUCCCCUCAUCGUCGUUUGGUAGGGGUCUGACCAAGCAACCAACAGGCGACUCCACGCCCUCAUCCUCACAGCAAGCCACACAGUUCGGGGAUGAUUUGCUUGGUGAUACCGACCCCGAUAUUAGCAAAAAGCUGACAGGCGAGACGACCGAGUUGGCCAAUCUCUCCAACCAGAUCGGAUCUCUCUCCAAGCAGAUGCAGGACACCCAGGCUAAGAGAACGAAUACCCAGAAUGAGCUGAACCAAGCCAAUUCUCAGAAGCAAAACUUUGAACAGCGUUUGAGCCAGCUUCGUACACUCUAUGAGAAGGAGGCCCAAGAUACACGUGCAUUAGAGGAGCAAUUGAGGACUGCACGUGCCGAUACCCAGAAGCUUCAGAGCGAGUGUAUGAUCCUAGAAGGAACAUACAAAGACGUACAAACUCAACACCAGGAGACUCUCUCGUCUCUCCAGGCGGACCAGCAGGAAAACGCCAAUCUGAGAGAGCGAAUCAGGGUUGUAAACGGCGAGAUUGCUCAGCUCAAACCCCAGAUCGAAAAGCUCAAGUCUGACGCGAGACAACAAAAGGGUCUAGUGGCCAUCAACAAGAAGCAGCUCUCCACGACCGAAAAUGAGCGUGAUAAGCUCAAGGCCGAGGCUGAAGAACUGACAAAGAGCAACGAAGAGCUCUCGCGACAGAUCAAUACCGGGUCACCAGCCUCAACAACUGCUAAGGUUGCUAGCCCGGCACUUUCGACAGCUAGCGGAAACAACCCUUUCUUCAACCGGACUGCAAGCACGGAUAUCAUGGGAGCAUUUGCUCCCCCUUCAAGAACUUUCAGCGACACCGCUUUCGAUGAUGUCUUUGGCCCAUCCGCUCCUGUCGGAUCCAGUGCUACUCCACCUCCUCCUACUUCUUUCAAGCGACAGCACACGGGUAACUCGGCUGUUAGCUUCAGCUCUGCCCCCAAUGGAUCGCCAACCAUGAGCCGCCAGGCUACCCUGGCUGAACCCCCUGCGCCGCCUGAGUCUAGACAAAUCACUUCCAGCAACCUGCCUCUCCCACAACACUCUGAAUCUCUAACGUCCUCCCGCCAGGUGUCUCCUCCUGCCUCUCGCGCUGAAGGUUCUUUGAAUGACAUUUCGUUCCCGGCUGAUUCAGCUAGCUCGGCGGCCCUCCCUGGAGCAUUCCCCGCGGAUGAUUCGGAUAAGGCUGAUAUCCCUGGAGGACCUCCUCCUGCUACCUCCGAGGAGGCUGGCAACAAGGCUUCUGAUGAACCCUCCGAUGCCCCGAAAUCAUCUGAUGUUUUUGCCAAUACAGAUCAGGCCAAGGCAAAGGAGGAGUUUGAUAACGCAUUUGCUGCCUUCGCGUCAGCCAAGAGCACCAGCCCGGACACUACCGCCUUUGAACCACCAAAGAACAAAUCUGUAUUCAACACCGAGUUCCCCCCUAUCUCAUCACUUGAGAAAGACGAUGAAUCCGAUUCCGAGAGUGAUGAGGGUGGUUUCGAAGACGACUUUGCUCCUAGAUCACCACCCCAAAAGCCCAAGGCUGCUGAUGCCAGCUCGGCACCCGCAACUGAGGGCAUAAAGGGGGACGGCGCAGUCUCAGCUACAGGGCAGGCAAAUGAGACACAUGAGCAGCCUUCCUCCCCAACCACACCUACAGCACCAGCCGCCACUGGUACCACACAGCAACAGUCUUCGAUUGAUGAUAUUUUUGGCAAGGCAGACCCAGCUCCUACAGCGGCAGCAAAGCAACCCACUGCUUCGAACCCUUCCGGAAAGGGGGCCUUUGACGAGUCUGAAGAUGAUUUUGAGGGCCUGGAGGAAGCCAAGGAAGGUUCAGGAUACGAAGACUUCGCUGAUGUUUCUCGAUCUGGGCUGGAAGACUUCAACCCCGUCUUUGACAGCAGCCCUCCCGGUAGUCAGGCGAAGAGCGAGUCUUUCGGCAAUGGAAGCAGCUUCGAUUUCAUCUCUACUAGUUCUGCUCCUGGGGUUACUGCUCCCACUGCAGCCCCAAAUGCCACAGCCCAGCAGAAGACUGCCGAUUCUCAUGAUUGGGAUGCUAUUUUCGCUGGACUGGAUAGCGAGCCAGCUGCUGCGCCUGCAGCAAACGACCUUCUCUCAGACAAAGCAGACGGUCUCGCCAUCCCCGAGCGUCCUGCUGUCGGACGGGCACUGACAGAAGGGGGCGAGCACGACGACCCUAUCGUCAAAGACCUAGUCGGAAUGGGGUAUGCCCGAAAGGAUGCCGUCAAUGCCUUGGAGAAGUACAACUAUAACCUUGAAAAGGCUGCAAACCAUCUCGCCAGCCAGUCAUAG